AAUGUGAACGAAAUGAGAGUGAGAUUUGAGUUUUGACUGGUUUUGACUGAUACAAAAAUUAUUCUCGCAGAUGCAUGUGUAAAAAGAAUUUUCUUUGGUGUACAUAAAUUUGUGAAAAAACUUUUUACAUAAUUAUCGUUAUACUAUCGAAGAGGAAUCGAUUGGAAUAACAGUGGUAUUAGGUUUUUGUACCGUCAUAGGCUAAAAGUUACAUCAAGUAAAGAUCUGCGUCUCGCAAAUAUGGCCGUCCUGUAAUGAAUCGGUGGUCAGUGUUAUUAUAGUUAUUCGUCUCAUGCAGAAUUUCAAAAUGGAACUUCGUGUUGGUAAUAAAUAUCGACUGGGUCGUAAGAUUGGAUCGGGAUCAUUUGGUGACAUUUAUUUAGGAACAAAUAUCGCUACAAGGGAGGAAGUAGCUAUAAAAUUAGAAUGCAUAAAAACAAGACAUCCACAACUACACAUAGAGAGCAAAUUCUACAAGCUUAUGCAGGGAGGCAUUGGAAUACCGGCAAUAAAAUGGUGUGGCUCAGAGGGAGAUUACAAUGUCAUGGUUAUGGAGCUGCUCGGCCCUUCUUUAGAAGAUCUGUUCAACUUCUGUUCAAGACGUUUCUCCCUCAAAACUGUGUUACUACUCGCUGACCAACUCAUAACUCGCAUUGAAGACAUACACGCAAGAAGCUUCAUCCAUAGAGACAUAAAACCUGACAACUUUCUGAUGGGUCUCGGGAAGAGAGGAAACUUAGUGUACAUAAUAGACUUUGGACUAGCCAAGAAAUACAAAGAUCCGCGCACCAAUCAACAUAUCCCUUACAGAGAAAACAAAAAUUUGACAGGCACAGCAAGAUAUGCUUCAAUCAACACUCAUUUAGGUAUUGAACAAUCCAGACGUGAUGAUUUAGAAUCAUUGGGCUACGUGUUAAUGUAUUUCAAUCGCGGAAGUCUUCCAUGGCAGGGACUGAAAGCAGCCACCAAACGGCAGAAAUACGAAAGAAUAUCCGAAAAGAAACUAUCCACACCUUUUGACGAGCUCUGCAAGAAUCAUCCAAUUGAAUUUCAACUGUACUUGAAAUACUGCCGACGACUCCACUUCGAGGACAGGCCGGACUACCGCCACCUGCGUCAACUCUUCCGUACAUUAUUCCACAGACAAGGUUUCACAUAUGACUUUGUCUUCGACUGGAAUAUGCUGAAAUUUGGAGUGCAACGAGGCAAUUAUCAACCUGGUACCAAUGAUAGAACACUGAGGCGCCAUGAGCAGACUCAAGAGCAAGAAAACUCGGGCGCGAACAACGUCGCAGGCAGCGCGGCGCAGCCGAGCACGGCGGUGGCGGCGGUGACUGAGUGGCGGUGAGGCGGCUCGCAACACCGCAGCCGCGCGCGCCCGCACAUGUGACGCGCGCCCUACAGCCGGCGCCGCUCGCCCGCGCCCCGCCCCCGGCCCCGCCCAAACACACCGCAGUGAUCUAGUGCUAGUGCCCCGGACUGUAUUGCGGAUCUACCUCCGUGGACGAUUAACUCGGGCCGCCGCCGUCCCGGCGCUUUUAUAUUAGAUCAGAUUGUGUUAUCGUUUUGACGCUACAUUUAAUAGUUUGUAUACACAUAUUGUACAAUAUUUUAACUAGGUCGUCUAGUUCGAUUUUAGAAAUUGAAUCGGAUUUCUUUUCGAUGCAUGACCGACGCUCCGGUCGGUCACCUCGUGAUGAAGGCCUACCGGUUAAAAAUUAUUGACUAAGUAGUUUCAUGUCGACUUUGUCUCUGUGACCUGCCAUUAGUGAAGAUAAACUGACUCGACGAGUACUAGAUGCAGUAGUGAAGAUACACUGUCAUUCUUACUAAAUGUGGGCAGUAUUUAUUGUCAUUUAUUUAUCUAUGGCUAGUUGCUGCGAUUAAGCUCAUGCAUACGAUGAAGCUGUCGUUUUUAUAGAAGAGAUGCGGUGUCGGUGGUGCGAAUGUGUAAUCUGUUCACGCUAUGUGAAAAAUCGGCGUCGCCGAUUUAAUUUCAAUAUUUGUGACAUAGCAUGCACGGUGUCGGAAGAGUGUUCGAUGUUACUAGUAAGAGUUUUGUAAGUUCACGUUACAUUUCAUAUAUUGUAAAUUAUUUUUAGUCUAAAGAGUGGGAUGGACUAAUUACUUUCGUGUCUAAUUAUAAUAAUUAAUAACUCAUUUGGCGUAGCUGGUAAGGGCGAACCUCAGCCCGGUCGUCUUGUACUUUAUGCUCAGUUAUAUUACAGUUUAGAUGUAAGACAGAUAAACCAUGUUCAAAUGUGUGCAUUCAUGUUUGUGCUAUAUUAGGGCCAAAAUUUUAGAUACACACAAUCAAAUAAAAACAAAAUAAUAUCAACAACAAAAUGCAUUUAAAUGACCUGGCCUUGAUUGAUCUAUAAUAUUCAGUUAUAAAAACCGUAUUUCAAAUUGUAUUCCAGUAAUUUUUUUUUAUUCUUUUAACAAUUUGUACUAAACAUUGUUUGUUAUUUUUGUAGUGUAUAUUAUUGCUUAAGAUUUGUGCAAUACAUUUUUCUUUCCCUUUAAGAGAAUAGAUUGUCUUCCAUACAACAAUUUUAUAAUAUUAUUUCAAUAUAAAUUGAUGGAAUCAAAAUAUUGCAAAGGAAAAUUACCAAGAAAUAAUUCAGAAUUCAAUAAAUAGUUACCACACAUCUACAUAGAGGCUAAU